AUGACCAUCAAUUCUUGUCAGAUUUGGUUGAAGAUCAACAAAUCGAGAAGUGAACUGAUACGUUCUAGCGGGUAUCGGGCGCCCAUCCGAGCUUUCCCCCGCACCGGGAAACGGGAGACGGGAGAUGUAGACCGUGUUUUGGAGAUCUCACAGAAUUUUAUGUCAGGUAAUCUCGUCCCUCUCACCAUCAUUAAAGGCGCUGGCCAUGAGUUCAUCCCCCUGCCUAAUGGGGAGAACGCAACUACGGCCGACUUCCAUUCUAUUCGUACCAAGACCGAGUCCCCUGCGCACUUUACCUCUGGUUUCUAUAAAAUUGAGGCUGGGCCCCAACGACCUGCGCAUUACACCUUCGAGGAAACCAAGUAUGUCCUCAAUGGGCAAAUCGAUAUUCUGGAUGAAGCGACUGGUAUUACCCACCAUUUAGUUCCAGGUGACUUUGCCUUCUUCCAUGUUGGAUCCAAGGUCAAGUUCUCGACUAAGUUCGAGGGUCUCGCUUUCUACGCCGUCACUCGACCCGUGCGAACUCCUCACCCCAAUUUGCUAGGCCGAGAGGAAGACAGCAAGGCCAAGCUAUAA